CGGCCUUGUAGCCAUUUUAGGAGGAAUCGCUGAUCGCCAGCGAGGGGUGCGGCUUCAAUUUCAAUAACUUUAUUGGUGGCCUGAUCUGCAGAACAGUCAUCACUUCAGUGGCCCCUGGAGGAGGGAGCGCAUCGCCCGAGGUGGUCCCCGACGAGCUGCAGCCAUGGGAAACACCACCAGCGACCGGGUGUCCGGGGAGCGCCACGGUGCCAAGGCUGCACGCUCCGAGGGCGCAGGCGGUCAUGCCCCGGGGAAGGAGCACAAGAUCAUGGUGGGCAGUACGGACGACCCCAGCGUGUUCAGCCUCCCCGACUCCAAGCUCCCUGGGGACAAAGAGUUUGUAUCAUGGCAGCAGGAUUUGGAGGACUCCGUAAAGCCCACACAGCAGGCCCGGCCCACUGUUAUCCGCUGGUCUGAAGGAGGCAAGGAGGUCUUCAUCUCUGGGUCCUUCAACAAUUGGAGCACCAAGAUUCCACUGAUUAAGAGCCAUAAUGACUUUGUUGCCAUCCUGGACCUCCCUGAGGGAGAGCACCAAUACAAGUUCUUUGUGGAUGGACAGUGGGUUCAUGAUCCAUCAGAGCCUGUGGUUACCAGUCAGCUCGGCACUAUUAACAAUUUGAUCCAUGUCAAGAAAUCUGAUUUUGAGGUGUUCGAUGCUUUAAAGCUAGAUUCUAUGGAAAGUUCUGAGACAUCUUGUAGAGACCUUUCCAGCUCACCCCCAGGGCCUUAUGGUCAAGAAAUGUAUGUGUUUCGAUCUGAGGAAAGAUUCAAAUCCCCACCCAUCCUUCCUCCUCAUCUACUUCAAGUUAUUCUUAACAAAGACACUAAUAUUUCUUGUGACCCAGCCUUACUCCCUGAGCCCAACCACGUUAUGCUGAACCAUCUCUAUGCAUUGUCCAUUAAGGACAGUGUGAUGGUCCUUAGCGCAACCCAUCGCUACAAGAAGAAGUAUGUUACUACUCUGCUAUACAAGCCCAUCUGAAGGGAUCUCUUCUUGCCUCCAAGGAUUCAGGAGAAGCAUCUCCCUUGCCUUUCUGGACUGAACCAGUCUUACCUGAGACUGGAAGGCUGAUUUGCUUUGAGGCUGAUAUGUGUGUUUCAGAGCCUCUGAGUAGGACGCUCUGCUUUUGCAUUUGAUUGCAGAUGAGAGCUUUAUGAGUUCAUGGAAUUUAUUUUAAGAAAAAAAUAUAUACAUAUGAGAAGAAGGUAAAUGGAAGCCUCCUAGCCCCAGCUAGAAGUAUUAUUUCUGCCUAUGGGUUUUCACCAAGACCUGUUUGGGGGCGCUGCAGGAAUAACUAUAUAGGAAGCUUUUUUCCUAAAAUGAAAGAACAGCAAACUCUUAGGAUCCUUGUUGGGCGGAGAUUCUAUCACUGCUACCUUGGCUCUCCAAGGAAUGGGCUUGUGCUAGACCACUGCCCUACUUAACAGCUGCCUAAUUGCAAGGGCAGCUUUUCUUGCAUGGGUUCUCUAUAUUCCCAGAGUAUGUGGCACAAUGUGUGUUGUUUAUAUGAUACCAGAUGCCCCACAAGAACCCUUUUUCCUCUCAUUUCACAAUCUUCCUUUAGUAGCCUCCUUCAGAUCCCAUACCUGACCCCUCUCUAACACAAAACUCACUGGGUAAGUGACUGAAAAGUUUUGUGGCCCCUGAUCCACCCCAGACACUAGGGCUGUCAGAAGGUCCCUUUUUAGCCCAGCACAGGUGCAGGCCACUUUGUCAUGUUUGUUUUAACUUCUAAAGGAAAUAUGUCUCCGCAUUAUAAGAAAAGCAGAAUGCAGAACAUCUACUUUUUUGUUUUAGUUUGGCGCCAAGGCUCAGGCUGUAUUGGCAAAUUCCCGAAAGUUUUCACACUUUGCCUGGCCCUGCUUCUGUCUUUUCUCUCUCAGCAAACAGUUCUGAAGGUAGGAGUGGAACCAGGGAGUACUUUCACAUCUUUCAUCCUUGAAAGAUUUUUAUGUGCCUGCAUUUUUUUUUAAUUAAAGAAAUGCCUUUUCAUUGGUCUUAAGAGACUGCAUUGGAGAAUUUCAGGAUUUUGAUAAAUGCUUCUUCAUAUUUUCUUCUCUAGUCUAGCCUUCCACAUUCUUAGAUCAAUAUGGCCAACCCUGUACACAUCACUACACUAAACACUGCUCUAGAUAAACUGCUCAAGUUCAUUUAAUUCAUUUGAUGCACCUAAAGGGUUCCCUCAUUUUAAAGAUUGUCAGGCCAAGAAGCAAGAAAGUAUUCCUAGUAUUCCCAACCAUGAAAAGUAUCGUUCUUUGUACCAAGUGUUAACAAAAUCAUUUUGUUCUCCUGCCUCUUCUUUUUAAAGGGUUUGACGAUUAAGUGGGGUCACUGAAUUCCAUUUGUGAGCUGAAAAGUAUUCAGUCCACUUUUGGGGUUCAGAGAUAAAACAUUUUUUCCCAAGUAGCUGGGGCUCUUCCAUUUUACAGAUAAGUCAAAUAGUACUAAAGGAGGCUAAACUAUUGAUGAAUGAGAGACUCCCUGACUGCUCAGAUGAGCCUAGCCACACGGAAAGGGCACCUACAGGUCAGUUUAGCUACCUCCUGUCUUUCCCAUGCAAAGCUGACAACGCAGUUGUCUUCGGACUUGUAGACCUCUUGGAUUCCAGGUGUGAUGGAGUAAAGUAUGGGAUUGUUGUUUUGCUGAGGUGCAAAUAACUAAAUGCUUUGGUGGUUAAUUGCUAAGAGUAAAUACUACUUUAACCAUCCAAGGCCACCUUCUGCAGCAAAAGGCUUUUGUGGAGAACCUUUUAUGUUCCCAACCACUUUUUGAAUGGUGUGCCAUUUAAAAAUCCAGGCCAGAUCCUAUUAUAACCAACUCUCAGGAUUUACAGUCUUCAGUUGUACUAGAAUUUUGUUUUUAUCCAAUACCCAUUAAAUAAGUGGGCCACUUAGGAGGAUUCAAAA